GUCAGUCACCGCGGAGCGCUAGCGAUAUACAGGUGUACCGCUCCGCGAUAUGAUAAAUAUUCACGUAAAUGAAAACCGGUUUUUUCAGCAAGUUUAACUGAAACUUAUUUGAUAUCAUCAAGGAAAAAUUGUGAUUUGUAAAAGUGGUUCCUGGGUUUAUUGAUGCGAGUGUUUUAAGUGGUGUUUCGAAACAGUGACAAGUUUUCUUGUGUUGUGUGUACGGUCCUUGAAUCGGAGGCUUCGUCGGUGCCGUUUCUUUUUCGUUUUGGAGACGAUUAGUGCCGAAGAUCUCGCUGUCUCCAAGAAAGGUGGAUAAUCGUUCGAACUGAAGGUGCCGACGGCCAUGAUGGCGCCAAGCGUGACGCAGCGCACCAAGUCGCCACGCUCGCCCGGAAACCUGCCCAGGAAACUACAGAACGGGUCGGAAGCAGGCCAGUCGGAGGCAACGGCGGACUCCAGUCCCGGCAACUCCAUCUCUGAUGUGGAGAACUUCGAGUGCUACGGCGAGGCCGACGCCGAUGUAUCCUCUAACACACUAGAAAACGGUAACCGCAGCCCCGGUAACCUGAACCGGCAUUCUUGGACGCGGACGAGUCUCCGACGGACGCAGCCGAGCCACCAGGAGAACUUGCCGCAUCGGCGAUGGGGCUCCAUGAGACACUCUGGGAAGCGGCAAAUCGGAUCAAAUGUCUUAGCUAGCCAAUUAUAUCGAUCGUCGUCAUUCAACUCUUCGGGCUGCGGCUCAGGAGGAGAGCCGGCGGAUGAUAUGUACUCGGAUGUAUCGCUGGAAGAAGAUGUUCAAGGACUUAAUUAUAAGGUGCAACUGCUACAGCAACAAGUGACGUCACUGGCCGAUACGCAAAGCACGGCGGACGAACGCUACGCGCGGGCGAAGGCUGACAACGCGGUGCUACAGGCGCGCGUACACAUGCUCGACGAACAGAUACGGGAGAUCGAGAGCAGAUGCGAAGAGCGUAUAGCUGAGGAACAGAAGAGAUGUCGGGAAGCAAUAUCACGUGUCGAGCGAGACAGGGACGCGCAGCUCGCUGCGUUCAGCGACAGGCUAGCUGCGGCUGAGACAGAGGCCUCCGACCUCAAGCAAGAGGUUGGAAGACUCCGCGGCGUAGCAGAAACGUUACGCGCAAACGCCGACACGGCGCAACGCGCGCAUCGCGAAGCCCAAGAACAAGUUGGCGAACUCGUCGCCCAACUGAACGUAGCGAGAGAGAACGAACGCAAGGAGAGGGAGGCCGCCGCCGCCGCGACGAAUUUGUUGGCAUCGGCGAAACUGGAGCUGCAGAAGAUGAAGGAAACGCCGCCGCCGCCGCCGGAUCCGAGAUUAGAUGAGCUCAGGCAGGAACUGACGCUACUAAGGACGCAGAAUAAAUCUUUAUCAGAAGCACAAGAGGAGCUGCAGGCGCAGAUCCUGACGCGCGGCGUGGAAGAGGGCCGCAGCCUGCUGGACGGCGUCAGCGGCCCCCUCGUCGCCAACUCACUAGCUCAUGAGCUCUCCCAGAUGAGCGACGAUCAGCUCGAUGGUAGCGAUACACAAACUGAUCACAGCAUAGAGUUGGAAAAGUUACAGAAAGCAUUGAAGGAGCAGCAAGACGUCAACUGUCAGCUCAGGAAUUACAUUGAUGGUAUCCUGCUAUCGAUCGUCGAAAACUACCCUCAACUACUCGAAGUUAAGCACGCGAAACCCAUAGACAUGAAGUCAUAACGGCAGAGUCCGAACUAAAUUAUAUUAAAGUGGUUAAUUUUUAAAAUUUUAGACAAUUUCGACUAACAAAAUAAUCCUAUCUGAAUUUGAUAUUAAUUAUUGAAAUACCUACUGUGAUAAAAUUAUUUUGUCCACUUCUCUGUAAAGUUCAAUGAAAAUAUUAAAUAUGAAGUACUUAUGGUUUUUAAUGUGAACUUUAAAUUCUUAAUGAGCUCUUCCAACUUAUUUGGUCAUGCCAUGAACGCAAGUAUAAAUUGUAUAGCGUAAAAAUUGUAAAUAUUGUAUAGAAAUUACGUUAAGAUAAGCAUAUAAAAUAUAGAUACAUAUAUUGUUCCUUUGUCUCAUCAAAAUAUAAUUGUUUGUAAUUAUUAAUUAACAUUCAGAUCUGUGUUAAAUACUAUUUGAGCAAGGCCAGGCCGUCCAUAAAGAUUUUAUAGAUUCAUAUAUAAGUAGUUACGAUUAAAAGCAAUUUUAUGAAAGACUGGAGUGUAUGAGUAAUGGUGUGAUACGACUCAUUUCGUCGUAUGAAAUUUUUAGAAAGAGCUAUAUAUGUAGAAUACAGACUACAACUAAUAGAUGUGCAAUGUAGAAAAGAAGUAUAUGAACUUAUGGCUUCAAAAAUUAAUUUAAUUCAUGGCGCUGACAUGGAUAUGGUUAUAUAUCAAAACCAAAGUUUUAUUUUACAUUUUGCACGUCUAUUAGUUAAAUCGUCUGUGAUACAACUAGGACGCCAUUUUACGGAACACAUGUUAGUAAAAAUCGCGUGUCCUGACAGGUUAAUAUUAAGACCUAUGAUAUUUAUACCUACUUAAAAGAAUGUACCUAUAUUUUUACAAUGAUAUAUUUAAAUGGAAUGUAAAUUAAGUAGUAUUAAUUUAAGCAUUUGUGUACAUUUUGAUAACAUGGUUAAUGUAAAUCUAACAGAUGUUCAUGUAACAGUCAUCGACUUAAAUUAAAUGAAAGGUAAAUAAA